AUGGCUUCGUAUUUCAACUAUGUGAUACCCUUUACCUUUUUUAUCUCCCUCUGUUUUACUGAGAUUAGAGCACAGGGCCUUUCUUAUCAGUACCAAGUUUGCUCUAAAAACACGUUCACUCCCAAUAGCACCUUCCAAAGGGCCCUCACAACCCUCUUCUCUUCCUUAUCUUCCAAAGCCUCCAACAAUGUCCAAUUCUUCAACAACACCGUCACGGGGGCAAACACCUCCGACACAGUGUACGGAUUAUUCAUGUGCAGAGGCGACAUCCCCUCCGGCCUAUGCAAUAAUUGCGUCGGAAACGCGACGCAGAGACUAUCCACACAUACAGAUUGUUCGUUGUCGAAAGAAGCUGUGGUGUAUUACGACGAGUGCAUAGUUCGGUAUUCCAACGUCUCUUUCUUCGGCACCGCAACCAUGGAAGUGAACUUAGGCUAUGUCUUGGCGAGCCCCAUCAACAUGACAAACCAAGAAAGCUUCAAGCGUUUGGUGUAUGUGAGCUUGAACGAAACUGCGGAUAACGCAGCGAGUUCAGGUAAUGGUGACGAAAAAUUCUCCACAAGGGAAACAGACAUAGAUAUAUUUCAGAAGCUUUAUUGUCUUGCUCAGUGCACGCCAGACCUGUCACCCCGAGAUUGCAGAAGCUGUCUGGAUAGUUUGAUAAACUUCGAUCUUCCACGGUGCUGUGCAGGAAGACAGGGAGGAAGAGUUUUGUAUCCCAACUGCGUCAUCAGGUUUGAAAUUUACCCAUUUUUUCGAUCUCUUGGUCCGGCAACUUCGCCAACACCGCCGGCGAAAUUGGGAG